ACAUACUCUUGUAUCUGUUCAUCCCAAUGCCUGAAUCUAUUCCCAUCGCGACGACCCAAGAACCUGGUGUCCAUCCAAGUGAGGAUGUGGGCUCACCUCCCAAGUCGCCCAAGUCUCAGUUCAGUAAACAUAUUCUGUUAACUACUUACCCCGGCCAAAACGGUGUCGACCCCGUACCGCUCCAAUGGGGAGCUGCAGACGCAAAGUCCCGCGGUCCAAUUGUAGCUUCGCGCCAUCCAUCUCAGUUGAAACGCCGCAAUGCUAUGGGUGCUCAUGGAGGUAGUUAUAGUAUUUACAAUGCCUUGGCUAUUGCCGCUGGCGAUCUACCAACAGACUUCAAGCCGGAUUUCAAUAACACAGAACCAACAUUUGAUUUCCCUCAGCAACCUGCAUGGAGUGAUCCCAAGAAGAUCGUUUCCCUCGACCCUUUCGGUCAUGAUAUUGUGAAGCAGUUCAAGAGUUAUCUAGACGUUGGUUGGGAUCUACGACCGUCAAUGGCUAUUACUCGCGCGAAUAUGCGAUUGGCUGAGAUUGAAAAGGCCGUCAGUGAAGGCCAGAUCGAAGUCGACGGCUCAAUCGUCGUCGAUAAGAAUGGAGAUGUACGGGUGACCAAAGUAGCUGUUGAGCCGGUUUGGUAUUUACCGGGCGUUGCUGAGCGGUUCGGUGUCGAUGAAGGCACCUUACGUCGGACGCUGUUUGAACAUACCGGGGGUAGUUAUCCGGAAUUGAUUACACGGCCGGAUUUGAAAGUCUUUCUUCCUCCAAUUGGUGGAUUGACGGUCUACAUUUUUGGCCCACCAGAGCGAGUGUCGGAUGAGAAUGUGCGGUUGGCUCUGCGGAUUCAUGAUGAAUGCAACGGUAGUGAUGUCUUUCAGUCUGAUAUUUGUACCUGUCGACCGUAUCUCGCCUUUGGAAUCCAGGAAGCUAUCAAAGAGGCUCAAAAUGGAGGCAGUGGGGUGGUGAUAUAUUUCCGAAAGGAGGGGCGAGCUCUCGGCGAGGUCGUGAAGUAUCUCGUGUAUAAUGCUCGAAAGCGUGGUGGUGAUACUGCAGACAAGUAUUUCUUGAGGACUGAGAAUAUUGCCGGUGUCCGCGAUAUGCGCUUCCAAGCUCUCAUGCCAGAUAUCCUUCACUGGCUUGGUAUAAAGAAGAUUGACCGAAUGCUGUCCAUGUCCAACAUGAAACACGACGCUAUUGUCGCUCAAGGAAUCAAGAUUCUCGAACGGGUUCCAAUUCCAGAAGAAAUGAUUCCCCAAGACUCCCGAGUCGAGAUCGACGCUAAAAUCAAUGCCGGCUAUUUCACAACGGGCAAAAAGUUUACAAUGGAAGAGUUGGCACAGGUCAAGGGGCGUGGAUGGGAGAAAUGGGAGGAUGUUACGCAUUAAACAUGUCGAACGUACAUAUUCUGGAUUAAGUGGUUCGUAAGAAAAUUAGGGCACAACCCUCAAAUAGUAUCCAUGUAUGUCGCAAUGACAAAUCUGUUCGACGCUGUGUGAUCUAUUCAAACAAAAUUCUAUAUACGAAAGCAUCAAUAUCCAUCAUAUCC